ACUGCGUCAAGUCAACUCAGGUAGAGCCGUCUGUCUGAUUUGCAGCCGCUCAGGUUCAGUCCUAACGCUCAUGCUGAAGCAUGCACUUAGUACAUCUGCUUGUUCUGAUCUUUUUAGCAGAGGCUGCAGUGGCUCAGCAUGACGCCGUCUGCCAGACGCAGCCAGUGAAGGUGGUAGAAGGUGAUGAUGUAACUCUACGCUGUCGUCUGCGUCCGUCCUUCGAUGUGACUGGUUACACGGUGGAUUGGACCAGAGUGGAGCUCCACCAGGUGGUCCAUCUGUACAGACACAGGAAGGAUGACACCGGUCCACAGAUGGAGCAGUACAGAACCCGGACCGAGCUCAGCCAUCAGAACCUGAGCAGAGGAGUCCUGGACCUGCACAUUUCCUCACUUCACCUGUCUGACGCUGGAGAGUACAGAUGUAACGUCCCAAGACUGUCAGCGAGCUGCACCCAGACCGUCACUGUGGGGAAACGAGAUGAAGACGGUACCAGCACCACCAAAGCUCCACCAAUAAAAACCACCAAGCCUCACACCCCUGGUGUGUCGGCUGGUGAACCAGUGCAGGUCCCUGUCGUCAUCUGUGUCUCCAUCGCUGCUGCCGUCGUCCUGACGCUGGUAACGUGUGGAUCAGUCCGUCACUGCUCAGAGAGGCUCAGAAGAAGGAAGGAGAUGCUGAACAGGAACUGGUGGUUUUAUCACUUAAUCCAUAGAUUUUAUUAAACCAACAGGAUCACAAACGUUACACAGUGAGAAAUAAG